GCAUCAUAUGUUUAUUAUGUUUUUACAUUGUGUUUACAGUGAUUUACACUGCAGCACAGAGUUACCUUUACACUCGUCACGUGACGCGUGAUAAUGAAACAUAAAUAAAUUACGCCAAGUAUUGCAUGAUUAAUCAUUAUUAGCCUAAAUUAACGCUGCAAAAAUGUUUAUCAAACACAGUUACAUGUCAACUUAUCAAAUAACGUAUCUGUUAACAACAAACGACAGUGUGUGGUUAUUUUGAGGUAAAGUCAUAUCUAAAUAUGUAAAAUUUCAAACAAUUCAGUACGACCUUUAAAAGGUUGUUAUUGAAGACUAUGGGUCGUCUGGACGGGAAAGUGAUAGUUCUUUCAGCAGCAGCACAAGGCAUUGGAAAAGCAUCUGCUAUAGCUUUUGCCAAAGAAGGUGCUCAAGUCACUGCUACGGAUAUCAAUGGAGAGAAACUGAAAGAGCUGGAUGGCAUUCCAGGAAUCAAAACCAAAGUUGUUGAUGUUACCAAGAAAGACCAAGUCGAUGCUCUUGCCAAGGACUUUGACCAUGUGGAUGUGCUCUUCAAUAUUGCUGGAUUUGUUCAUCAUGGCUCAAUACUGGACUGUGAGGAAUCAGAUUGGGACUUCACCAUGAAUGUGAAUGUCCGGAGCAUGUACCUGAUGAUCAAGGCCUUCCUGCCUAAGAUGCUGGCUCGUAAAUCUGGGAAUAUCAUCAAUAUGGCAUCUGUGGCAUCUAGUAUCAAAGGAGUGGUGAACAGAUGUGUCUACAGCACGUCUAAAGCUGCCGUCAUUGGACUAACUAAAUCUGUGGCAGCUGAUUUCCUGGAACAAGGCAUCCGCUGUAAUUGCAUCUGCCCAGGAACUGUGGAUACGCCAUCAUUACGCGAGAGGAUUCAGGCCAGGCCUGAUCCAGAGCAGGCUUUUAAAGACUUUAUGGCCAGACAGAGGACCGGUCGAUUGUGCACUGCAGAGGAAGUGGCGCAUCUGUGUGUGUACUUGGCUUCAGAUGAGUCUACCUUUGUAACGGGAACAGAGGUCAUCAUUGAUGGAGGAUGGAGACUAUGAAGAUCAUUUGUUGCAUACUGUAGUCUUAAACAGAGCAAACUGUAGUGAAUAAUUUUCUUUAUUAAUGGCCAAACAAAAAACAAAGAACUGCAUUUUCUGAAAAUCAUUGUCUUGGUUGUGUUUAAUAUGUAUCAAAUCAAUCUUGGGCAGCAAUAUCACUUUUUUGCACUGUAUUUCAUGUUUCUAAUUGUAUAAAAUGGCAAUUGCAGAAUGUGUUAUCUGGUACUCUAAAAUAGUUUAAAAAAUAAUAAUAAACAAGCCAAUUGUAAUGAAAAUGA